AUGCCCGAGGUCGAGGAGGAAGAUUUGUGGCUGUUCGGAUACGGGAGUUUGAUAUGGAAGCCACCUCCAGACUACGAUCUUCGUCUCCCGGGCUACAUUGAAGGAUACGUUCGGCGCUUCUGGCAGGAUACUUUCAACCUCUCUGAAGACCAUAUCGCUCAAAAAGCGCAAAGCGAGGACCACCGCGGAACUCCAGAAGCUCCAGGCCGUGUCUGCACUCUCAUCGACCGUAAGCUCUGGGAGACUUUGACCGACCAAGUUCGUGUCCCAACAUCAUCGCACACACCUGACCUAACACCACCUCAGCACGCUUCGGCUCCCCCCAAAGUAUGGGGGGCAGCCUACCGUAUCCCAGCACCAAAAGUCGCCGCCGUCAAGGAGUAUAUGAACAUCCGUGAGAUCAACGGUUACUCCAUCCAGUACACCCCGUUCCAGAAGGCCAAGCCAGAGGACAUGUCCGCCACGUACCAAAACGUGCAUAUCCCCUCUGAGCAAGGGGACACGAUCAAGUGUUUGGUGUACAUCGGCCUGCCCGAUAAUCCGCAGUUUCUGGGCCCUCAGGAUCCGCAGAAAUUGGCUGAACACAUCGUCAAGUCGAGGGGGCCGAGUGGAGAGAAUAAAGAUUACUUGUACCAGCUCGAGGAGGCUUUGAAUGGGCUUAGUCCAGAGAGUGGGGAUGAGCAUAUCAGUGAUUUAGCGAAGAGAUGCAGAGAGGCGGAGGCAAGGCAAGCGAGGCAAUAG